GUGUGAUCAUGUGAUACGGCACUGGGCGGAGCCUGGUGGCCGAGCCUUGUGUGGGUUCCCUGGUUUAUAACAUUCGCCCCUGUUUGUGCUUCCUAGUCCGGCAGCACGGUCGGUGCAUUAGGGCGGGGCCGUGUUAUCUCUGUCUGUGCUUGUGUGUUUGGUGCGCCCCCUGGGCGGGGGAUACUGAGGAUCCCUGGGAGGAGGAGGAGGAGAGAGGGGAGAGGGGUCGGUAGCAGCAAAUGCAGACGUGCAGCGGUGGUUCUGCUGCUUUAUUAUUGUUCAACAAGCUGAGCCCGACCGAGUCCCCAGCAGUAAGGAAUCGUACCCCCCUCUGAUCGCUAAAGGCAAGUCUCCCGCUGCAUGAAUCCAUGGACUAUAUGACAGUGUCAGAGCGCAUCCAGAUCUCUAUAGCCGUGUGUAGAAUUGGCCUUUACACGUGUUUUCGAGCACUCUGUUGUAAGGGUCCUCCGCCACCGCGGCCCGAAUACGAUAUUAUUUGUAUAGGACUGACGGGCUCUGGCAAGACAAGCCUACUAACACAACUGUGCAACGAGAGCCAUGAAAACAUUGUGCCUACCACAGGUUUCAGCAUAAAAGCAAUUCCUUUCCAGAGUGCCAUCAUGAAUGUAAAAGAACUUGGAGGGGCCACAAACAUCAGGAAGUACUGGAGUCGCUACUACCAGGGAUCCCAGGGUGUGAUAUUCGUUCUAGACAGUGCCUCGUCCGAAGACGACCUUGAAACUGCCAGAAACGAGCUCCAUUCAGCUCUGCAGCACCCACAGUUAUGCACUUUACCCUUUUUAAUACUGGCCAACCACCAAGACAAGCCAGCAGCUCGCUCAGUACAGGAGAUCAAGAAGUAUUUUGAACUUGAACCGCUUGCACGUGGGAAGCGUUGGAUUCUUCAGCCAACAUCACUGGAUAACAUGGAGGCUGUGAAAGACAGCUUCUCGAUGCUAAUAAAUGUAUUAGAUGAGCGAGAGCCAGAACCAAUUCAAAUGUGAAAGCUCUUGAAGGGGGCAGUCAUCCAUAGUGACAUCAUCGCCGUGCUGGCAGUUGCUUCUUCUCCAACAGAAACUGUACUUUAGUGGAAUGUCAAUUGUGUGUGUGUGUCUUCGGGCCAAGCUGGAAGUUAUGUUGGAAAAUCUGAAGCGCUUUGAUUUUUAUGCCUUACAGCUGUUUUAUUUGGAGUCACAUUGUUAAACCCAAUAGGUAUAUACGGUCUGAUGUUUACUUUAAGCAGCCUCUGUUCCAGGGCUCAUCCUGUAGAACAUCAAGCAACUCAUAGGACAGACAGGUGUCUUUAUUGGAUGCAAAAAACUUUGGAGUUCUACUUCACUUCACAUGUCAAUCUGUACCAAAUACUCUUCUGUGUUAGACCUCUUUUAAUAGUAAGUAUGUGACUACGCCUAAGGGGAUAGGCAAAUCUGUUUUGGUUAGAGAGAAGCCAUGAUUCCACUUUGUGUUUCAUCCUGGAUUAUGCUUCUCUACACCGAGUGGUUUGGAAAUCCAUUUAGAUUCACGUCUUUACCUAAUCACCAAGUUCUUUACUAACCACUUUUUUUAAGACCGCUAGAUACUUGGCCCCUUUAUCGUCUUAAGAGCUGCAUUACAUACCUUUGGUGACAUUCUGCUAUAAUGUUGAGACAACAAGGUGCUUUUAUCUAGUAGGGGCCACAUGAAGACAUGGCUGCUCUAUGUAGAGUCAUACAUUACAAAAAGAAAUAAAUGCAUGUUCUUAACUUCCCCAACUUCUGUACUACUAAAUUCAGAACCCAUUCUAUACCACUAUUUAGGUAAUCAUCCUUAUUUUAAUAAAUUUGAAGGUGGGGUCUCCAAAUAGUAAAUAUUAACUCACCACAUCAGGGAAGAGAGGCACCGCCCUGAGCCCUCAGCACGGGGAGUGGACAAACCGAAAAUUCUUUGGAGCAGGCACUCAAUCAAGUCUCAAUCUCCCAACCAGG